AUGGAUAUAAAAUACUAUUAUAAGAUGGUAAAUCUAUUCUGUAUCUUGUCUAUGGACAAGAUUCCUAAAAUUUAUUUUGUCAAUGAUGUUAAUAAGAAGUAAGUAAUUAAUCUAAAAUAACUGAAUUUAUAUAUAUGUAUAUAAAAAAUAAUAAAAAUACAAAUAAAAUAGCAUUAUAAUAAUGGGAAAUAUAUCUAUAAAACAAAAUAUAAAAAAUUAAAUUCUAAGUAACUCAAAUAUUCUUAAUGAACCUAAAGUUAUGACUAUGUGAUUAACGUGUAAAAGCUUGGAAAUAAAAAGAGAUUUUACAAGACGAAUCGUGCAAAAAGAUUCUAUGAAACGAUUUGUUUGUUCUUUUAUAUUCGCAAACUUGUCUUAAGAGAAAAAUUGGGCCACGGUAUAAUUUCUCUUUUGCUCACAGUAUUGUGACACUUAUCGCCAAAUAUCAAGUAAUUCUAGAUUUUUAAAUCACAAUAAAUGUCUUAAAUCAUGACUACAAUAAAUGUCUUAAGUCAAGAUGUUGCAAUGACAUCACAACAGUCUCAAACACAAUCUCAACAGACACAAUUUGUAUCACAACCUCCAAAGCAGCAAGUAGUACAGCAACCAUCUAAUCAACAACAACCACAACAACAACAAAGUUCCUUCAAUGAUUUCCCACAAUUUCUAACUAAAACAAGAUUACAAGAUCUUGUGAAAGAAGUAGAUCCUACUGAACAAUUAGAUGAAGAAGUAGAAGAAAUGUUAUUACAGUUGGCAGAUGAUUUUGUAGAAACAACUGUCAAUGCAGCAUGUUUGUUAGCUAAACAUCGUCAUGCAAAUACUGUAGAAGUAAAAGAUGUACAAUUACAUUUAGAAAGAAAUUGGAAUAUGUGGAUUCCUGGUUUUGGUACAGAUGAAGUACGUCCAUAUAAACGUGCAACAGUUACUGAAGCACAUAAACAAAGAUUGGCACUUAUACGAAAAUCAAUUAAAAAAUAUUAGUCUUUCUGUACAUUUCAUCCUGCGUUAUUAUUUUAUCUAUAACUAACAAUUCUUUUACAUGUAGUAUAAUUUAUGAUAACAUAUAUAAUUAAUAUUUGUAAAAGAAAUUAUAAUUAUAUAUAUACAUAAUUAUGAUUAUACAUACUUUUUGCAAUGUACAUAAUUUUAAGUCUAAAAUGUUUAAUAUUAAACAAUAACUAAAUUUUUUUUUAACAAGUUUAUAAUUACUUUAUAUAAUAUGAUUUAAAAACAGAAAAAUUAAAGAAAUAAAUAUUAUAAUUUUGAUUAAACAUUAUAUAAAAUAAUUUAUUGUUUUGUAAAUUUUUUUGUGAAAAUUUAUAUUUGUAAAAAAAAAAAUUUUAUUCAAAAAAUAAAAAUUUACUAUUUUAUUUAUAUAAUAAAA